GUUCGCACUCUAGGGUUUUUGGUCGCUACAAAAGAGCACAACCUCCUACAUUCUCUCUCGCAAGCAAGAGACCUGCAAUCGCACAGUCGCAAAACAAGCUGAGAAGCUAUGUCGUUGGUGGCAAACGAGGAGUUUCAACAUAUACUUCGUGUGCUGAACACGAACGUUGAUGGAAAGCAGAAGAUCAUGUUUGCCCUAACCUCCAUCAAAGGGAUCGGUCGCCGCUUCGCCAACAUCGUGUGCAAGAAAGCUGAUGUUGACAUGAGCAAGAGAGCUGGUGAGCUAACUGCUGCUGAGCUGGAGAACUUGAUGGUGGUUGUAGCCAAUCCGCGGCAGUUCAAGAUCCCUGAUUGGUUCCUUAACAGGCAGAAGGAUUACAAGGAUGGAAAAUAUUCUCAAGUUGUCUCAAAUGCAUUGGACAUGAAGCUUAGGGAUGAUCUUGAGCGUUUGAAGAAGAUCAGGAACCACCGUGGUCUUAGACACUACUGGGGUCUUCGAGUGCGUGGUCAGCACACCAAGACAACUGGCCGCAGGGGGAAGACUGUUGGUGUCUCAAAGAAGCGUUAAAUUAUGCCUCUUUGUAUUAAUUUGAUGUCUCCCUCCCGCAACAAAUUUUGUUUUAUUUUUAGGUUUUACAAGUCUAGGGCGGAAGGGAUGCAGUAAUUUUGUGGUGGUAGGGUUGGCAUCAGAUAUCUUGAUAUCAAUACCUUAUGUUGACUGCUUAAUCUUUCUUUUCAAGAUUUUAUUAUAAUGUUCUGCAUUGCAUUAGCUGAUUACUAUUU